AUGAGGAUUUUAAUUUUUCUUAUUCUAUUAAUUUUUAUAAAAUUAAUUCAAUCAAACCCUUUGGCUCAAAAUGAUGCAAUUUUAUCAAAUGGAAAUGAUAGUGUUUUAAUUGCGCAAACACAUGUUAUACCAGUAAGUGGUAAAAAAUGGGUAAUUAAUAAUGUUAACUAUGAAUUAAAAAUAGUUCCAAAUAGAGAUUCUCUAAUUUUAGCAAAGUUCAAUAACCAAAAUGAUACCUAUAUUAUUAAUGUUUACAAUGGCAAUAAUCUUUUGGGAUCUCUUGAAAUGAAACCACCAAGUCAACUACCACCAACUGAAGAUAAUGGACCAAAAUAUUCAACAGAGCAUCAUAAUAUUUUAAUCCCAGGCAAUUGGAUAAAAAAAAAUAUGAAAAUUCAAUUUGAAAAUAAAUCAAAAGCAAAAUCAGAUAUGGUAACACCAAAUAUGGGCCAAGAGAGGGAAAUGCUACUUUGGACUCUUCCUGCUUAUUUUUUUGGUGCUAAUGAUUCAAAUACCCAACCUUUUUCAAAUGUUAAACAAGUUGACCAACCAAUUAUUGAUGAAUUAAUUCAAAAAUGGGCAGUUAGUGGUUUAAAAUCUAAAAACCAUCCAUUAGGUAAAAUAGAUUGGCCUUACCUUAUCAUGCCCCCACGUUCAUAUGAAGGUAAAACAUACCGUUCAAUGAAAAUUACUAAUUCUGAUAUGAAAUCUGAUGGCUAUGCCAUUAUGAAUUUAGUUGUUGAUUUAUUAGGAGGAAUAAGAAAAGCAUUUGGAGAAAGCUCAUCAUCAAUUCAAAUAUAUACUCCACUUCUUCAUCUUGGUGCAAAUGGAAAAUAUGCUGAUCCAUGGGGAGGUUUAGGAGCUGUUGGAGGAAGUGUUGGUACCGGAGAUUAUACUUAUAGAGGUAUAUUUAUUCAUGAACAAGGUCAUUGUUUUGGAAUGCCACAUGCCGAGGAAGCCUAUAAUAAUAAAAAAUACCCUUAUGUUCGUGGUAGUUUAAAAGGAAGUGAGUGGGCUUUUGAUACAAAUCAUAACGAAUUCAUAUCGAUUUAUAUUCCAAAAACUGCAGAAGCUUACCCAAACUGCAAACAGAAUUCUUUGUUGUCUGAUGAUGGUAAAUAUUGUAUUAAACAAUCUGUUAUGCAAAGUGGUGCUGGUGACCAAUCAAGCAAAUAUAGAUUUUCUAUAUUUUCAGAUUUCGAAAUGACUACAAUUCAAAAGUAUUUUGAAAACGCCAUUAACUAUGACGGAAAUACAGGUAAGUAUAACAAAUGGAAUACUACAUCGGAAGAGUACUAUGAAUACAAACCUGUAACUAAAAGCGAUGGUUUAUUUGGUAACGUCGAUGAGGGUACUCCAAUUGAGAGAGAUGUAGAUGUUUAUACCAUUGUAUAUACAUACAGUGUAGUAGGUCCAAAUGAAUUAAAUCAAUUUUAUCCAAUAAUAAAAUCAAAAGGAAAUUUAAUUAGAUACAUUGAUCCAACAAAUAAAACUGAUGUAUAUGAUAUUAUACCAUUUACAGAUCGUCCAGUCCACAGCUAUUGUUACGGAGAAGGUUGUGACUAUACACUAAGAGUUACAUACGCAGAUGGUUCAAAAAAACAUAUAUUAAUUUCUCAAGGUACUCGUAAAUGGGGUUAUGCUAAUAAAAAUGUUUAUAAAGACAAUCUAAAUAACCCAUUUAGCGGUGAUAGUUUUAUAACAGGCGUUUACAAUGUUAAAGCUGAUAAACCAUUAUCAAAGGUUGAACUACUUGAUACACCAAUGGGUUGGAAUGGUGUUCCAGAUAAUGCUAAAGUAUUGGCAUCAAGAAAUUUAUAA